AUGACCUCCCCCAGCAAGAGGAAGCUGGUGAAGCCGGAGCCGCUCGCCGGGAAGAAGAAGGCGAAUGCGCGCGCGGGGGUGAAGGCGGAGGGGCGGUCCGCGGUGAGCGGCGGAGUGACGAGCGGGGUGGUGAGCACACUGGGCAGCUCGUCCCUCGCUGAACGGACGAAUGGGGCGACCGCCCCCCGCUUGCCCCCGCCCACCGGGCCGCCUCGCUACAGCAGACUGAAGAAGGGAGCGAUCAUCGAAAUCACGGUGUUCAACUGGAUGGUGUUCAGCGGGCCGGUGACGCUGAAGGCGGAAGAAGGAAUCAACCUGAUCGCGGCGGCGAACGCGAGCGGCAAGUCGUCCCUCGUGUGCGCCCUGGUCUUCGGUCUGGGCUACAACUCGAGCAUCCUCUCGAGAAACAAAGAACUAAUCAAUUACAUAAAAAAAGGAGAAAAAAAAAGCUUCAUAGAAAUUAAGCUAAAGAAAGAUGAGAGGACAAACACGACCAUAAAGAGAAUCAUGAACAUCACGCAGAAUAAAUUGGAAAGUUUUUGGUUUGUAAAUUGCAAAAAGGUUAGCCACACAGAGAUACUGGAGCUGCAGAAGGAGUUCCACCUCAAUCUGGGCAACUUAAUAACAUUCAUGCCGCAGGAAAAUGUGAGCAAAUUCUCUAGGCUAAGUCCGGAGGAGCUGUUCGAGUGCACACUCAUGGCGAUAGAUAAGAACCUGUUGGAGAGGUACCACCAUUUGAAGAAGCUCAUAAGGGAAAAGAAGGAGGGAGAGCACAACGUGCAGCUGCUCACCCAUCAGGUGAAGGAGGAGGAGAAACUGAUCACCGAUUUGGAGGAAAAAAAAGGGAAAUUUGAAAGUUUAAAAAAGUUACUAGCCAAAGUUAGGACCUACAGAGUGAAGAAAUCCAUUCUAGCCAUGAACGCGAAGAAGAAGCAGCUGGCAGAUGUGAAAGCCAAAAUGGACUCCCUCGUGAAGGAGAAAAAUGAGCACUUCGAAACCCUCAGGCAGUACCUAUCCGAGGUAGAGAAGUGCCACAAGGUGAUCAACCACCUGUCUGAGCAGCUCGCCAAGGAAAAGAAAAAAAUUAAAGAGGCAACCACUCGGUACGUCCGAAUUAACGUCCAGUUGGACGAGAUAGAGGCGGAAAUUCUCGGCGAGGAAAAGGUCAUGGAGGACGCGGUGCAGCACCUGCACGAAAAUGAGGAGUACAUAAAAAAUUUAGACAAAAGGAAAAAGAAAAUCGAGGAGGAGCUCCACCAGAUAGAGAGGUUCUUCCGUGAGAGGGGCGCCCAAAUGGGGGUGCCCGUGGGAGUGCCCGUGGGAGUGCAGUUUGGAGAGGACGACCCGGGGGGCCUCGAACAGUCCCUUCAAGAGGAACUGCAAAACCUGGCGAACGCGAACAAGCAGCUGCUGAUGAGGAAGUACGCGCUGCAGACGGAGCACGCCUCCCUGGUCGAGAAGCUGCAGAAGAGGCAGAACUACCAGAACAUCCAGGAGGAGAAGUUCCUAAACAGCAUAGAGUUCACCCUGCGCGAAAGGAUCCUAAAUUACAAGAGGGACAUCAAAAGCAUCGUUCGCACGCACCGCCUGUUAAGCGAGUCCGCUCUGGAGGACAUCCGAAAGGGGUACGACCUAUCUAAGAUCACCAGUCAGAACGAAAUGAAUGGAGCAAUCAUCGAUGAGCUGUCCAAGCGAAACAUCAUUUACGGCCCCCUCUGCAAAUACAUCAAGUGCAUCAACCCGCAGUUUGACUACGUGCUGGAAUUUUCCCUAAAAAAGUAUUUCAAUAGCUUCCUCCUCAUCGAGAAGGAAAACACACCCCUACUGGAGUCGCUCUACAAGAACUACAAACUAUCGGUCAUCACCAUGUCGAGGGAGAAUCACAAGCUGUGCCACGUGACCAACGAAAUGAGAGAGAGGGGAGUGGAAUGCUUCCUAUACGAGUUAUUUGAAAGUCCCCAGAUUGUAAAAAAUGGCCUCAUGAAUUUCAUCCCCAUCAAUAUCUCCUUCGUAGUUCGAGAGGGAACCUUCAAAAAUAAAACCACCAAGGAUAUCACCAGCUUUAAUAACUUUAUGCUGGAAGAAAUUGCGAAGCAGACCAACGAGCAGGUGGGCAGUCUCCUCUACUUCUGCGAGCAGAACGUCCACCGCUACAGGAUAAGCACCUACAAUCAAAAUGUCUUCAUUGAUAGCUUCUCCUUCGUCGACAGGAGGUGCAAAAUUUUAUACUACAUCAGCUCGGAGGUGAAAAAGGACAUCUCCAAUUUGGAAAGAAGGCGAAGCGAGUGCGAAGGGGAGCUGCUCACCUUGAAGAGCAAAAUGGACGAAAUGGACCUCCAGAAGAAGCAAAAAAAUGACCAACUGAAUAACCUCAUUUUACAAAAGAGCGAAGUGAACAUUAGGAAAAAGAAAAAGCUGCUCCUCCUUAGGGAGCUCAAAAGCGUGGAGGAAAAUCUCAACCUCUACCUCAAGGGGGAACAACUCAUCGAUGAGAAAAAAGACAAAAUAAGCAAACGGAUUAACCAUUUGAAUGGGAGGAAGGUGCAGCUUUGCGCCGACUUCUUUGACACUUUGAAGGGGCACAAGGCAAACGACAUGGAGGCCUUCUCCCUCUGGAGGAGACUCUCCCAGUGGAAAAGGUACCUCUCCUUGGUCAGGACUCAAAACGCAGAAAGUGAAAGGAAACACCAAACGAUUAAAUCCCAAAUUGAUUUAGAAAACACCAAACAUGCUGCCCUCACACACCAUAUUGAAGAGCUAGAAAAUUUAAUAAAGGUACAGAAGGGGGAACUCUCCAAGGAGGAAACCAAAUCGCUCAACGAGAUUAAACUCUCACUGGAAGAAAUUGAUAGCAUUCUGCAGGACUGUGCCAUUCAGCAACGGAUUUACAAUAACCUGGAAAGGAACGAAGAGAGGUACAACGUGCUCGUUCUUUCCAUCGAACGGCACAAUGAAAAUGUGAAGAGGAAAAAGGAACAAUUAAAAAACCUAGGAAAGGAACUCGAAACGAAUGGCAAGCAAAUCCAGUUUGUCCUCUCCAACUGGGUUAACCAAAUCGACGAGUGUAUCCUCUUCCUCAAUCAUAAUUUGGAGAAAUUUAUUUCCUUUAUAAAUCCAGAAUACGGUGCCAAAAUUGAACUAGUCAAAAAAAACGAGCUCUUCGAACGAUGCGAAUUAUACAUCAAGGUGAAAUUUAAGAAGACCGCUCCGUUUCUACUACUCUCCGUUUCUCAUCAGUCCGGGGGAGAGCGCUCCCUCACCACCAUGCUGUAUAUCCUCUCCAUUCAGAAGCUUACCAAGAACGGCUUCUACGUGCUCGACGAACUCAACCAGGGCCUCGACCAUACCAACGAGAAGAAAAUCUUCGAACUCCUCUCCUGCCUCUCCAACCCCUCCAUGUACAAGCAGCACUUCAUGCACCACUACGAUUACAGGCACAUUCAGAUUGACUACCAGUCCAAGCCCCAGUACUUCAUCCUCACCCCCCAGAUCAUUCGCGACAUCUUCUUCAGGGACAUCACCGUGCACUACCUCUUCAACGGCUUCGGCGUCCUCUCUGGCCAGUUCGACGAGGUGGAGCCAGCGGCGGGGGUGGAAGCGGCGGGAGUGGCGGAAGCGGCGGCGGAGGACCUCCUGGGAGACGACUUCUAA